CCGCGCAAGAUUUUCGCAUCCCGACACGGCUACAAAAGCCCAUCCAAAAGGCAAAGCGGCAACUCCACCAAACCGUCCCACUCCCCGUCCCAGUUGCCGCAAGCAGCGAUGGCGGCGAGCCUCGUCUCCAUCCCCGUCCCCGUCCGCUUCAUCCUCCUCCUCCUCGCCAUGGCCGGCACCCGCGCGGCGCCGGCCUCCGAGACCGUGAAGCAGAUCUGCGCGGAGGCGACGUCGGGCGGUGCCCACGCGGACCUGGAGCCCUUCUGCGUGGCAUCGCUGCAGGCGGCGCCCGGCAGCGACGGCGCCGACGCGCGCGGGCUGGCCGCGAUCGCCACCAACCUGACGCUGGCCAACUACACGGCGGCCGUGGCCACCAUCAAGGAGCUCCAGCGGCGGGGGGGCUGGUCGGCGGCGCAGCGGGGCGCGCUGGCCACGUGCCGGCAGCGCUACAUCGAGGCGCUCAACGUCGUGCACAGCGCCGUCCACGCGCUGGCCGCCGGGAGGUUCCGGGACUACGCGGCGGACAUGGGGGUCGUCGGGAAGGCAGCCACCGACUGCGAGGACGCGUUCGGCGCCGCCAACGCCGGUGGCGGGCCGUCGCCGCUGCGGAAGGUGGACCAGGACGCCGUCAACCUCACCACCGUGGCGGCGCUGAUCGUCAGAUCGCUGAAGUGAGGAGGGAUCGUCGGUGUUGCCUUUAGUCUAGCUGAUGAUUCGAUGGAAAUGUAAUAGUUGAACCGUGAUCUUCAGUUGCUGUGGUUAAGAAUAAGAGUGUGCCAGAGAUAUCAAA